GCGCUGCAGCCGCGGAGGGAGGGGCGGGGCGGGCUCGGGUAUCAGCUACCGAGCCGCAGGUGGCGGCGGGCGCGGGGCUUGGCCCGAGCUCGGGAGAUGGGGAGACUGAGGCACGGAGCUGGACAGUGACUCAGACACCUACCAGGAGCUGCCCAGAGUGGAGCCGAGUGUUCACGGGACUCAGCUGACCCAAGUGCAAUUCCACUGUCACUUCCUGGCUGUGUGACCUUGGCACAAGAUAGGAACCCUCAGGGGUCUCCACAGAGGCCAUCAAAAUGUCCUAUUUUGGGGAGUAUUUUUGGGGAGAGAAAAACCAUGGCUUUGAGGUCCUGUACCACAGCGUGAAGCAGGGGCCCAUCUCCACCAAGGAGCUGGCAGACUUCAUCCGGGAGAGGGCCACCAUCGAGGAGACCUACUCGAAGGCAAUGGCAAAACUUUCCAAGCUGGCCAGCAACGGGACCCCCAUGGGGACCUUUGCCCCGCUCUGGGAGGUCUUCCGGGUCUCCUCAGACAAGUUGGCACUGUGCCACUUGGAGCUGACGCGGAAGCUUCAGGAUCUCAUCAAGGAUGUGCUCCGCCACGGGGAAGAGCAGCUCAAGGCGCACAAGAAGUGCAAAGAGGAAGCGGUGGGCACGCUAGAUGCCAUACAGGUCCUCACGGGGGUCAGCCAGCUCCUGCCCAAGUCUCGCGAGAACUACCUGAACCGUUGCAUGGACCAGGAGCGGCUUCGGAGGGAGAGCACUAACCAGAAGGAGAUGGACAAGGCGGAGACCAAGACCCGGAAGGCAGCAGAGAGCCUGCGGCGAUUGGUGGAGAAAUACAACUCAGCCCGUUCUGACUUUGAGCAGAAGAUGCUGGACUCAGCUCUGCGCUUCCAAGCCAUGGAAGAGACCCACCUGCGGCAAAUGAAGGCACUAAUGGGCUCCUACGCCCACUCAGUGGAGGACACCCAUGUGCAAAUUGGGCAGGUGCAUGAGGAGUUUAAGCAGAAUGUAGAAAAUGUCAGUGUGGAGAUGCUGCUGAGGAAGUUUGCAGAGAGCAAAGGCACAGGCCGGGAGAAGCCUGGGCCUUUGGACUUUGAGGCGUACAGAGCGGCUACCCUGCAGGAAGCAAUGAAACGUUUGCGUGGAGCCAAGGCCUUUCGCCUCCCAGGACUGAGUCGGCGGGAGCGGGAGCCACCUACAGCUGUAGAUCCCCUGGAGCCUGAUUUAGGGACUUGUCCAGAGGUGGAUGAGGAAGGUUUCACCAUCAGGCCUGAUGUCACCCAGAACAGCACAGCAGAGCCCACCCACCUCUCAUCCAGCGACUCCGACUUUGAUGACGAGGAGCCCCGCAAGAUCUACGUGCACAUCAAGCCCGCCUCAGCCCGGGCCCCGCCCUGCAGCCCCAAGGCAGCUGCGGCCCAGCUCAAGGCCACAGCUGGCAGCCUCAUCCUCCCGCCUGGCCCCGGGGGCACCAUGAAACGCCAUUCUUCACGGGACACUGCCGGGAGACCACAGAGGCCGCAAUCCGCCCCCAGGGCCAGCAGCUGUGCGGAGAAGCUGCAAUCGGAUGAGCAGGUUUCCAAGAACCUCUUUGGGCCUACCCUAGAGUCCGCCUUGGACCACGAAGAUUUUACAGGCUCUAGCAGCCUCGGCUUCACCUCCAGCCCCUCGCCUUUCUCCUCCUCGUCUCCCGAGAACGUGGAGGACUCCGGACUGGACUCACCAUCCCACGCCGCACCGGGUCCCUCCCCGGAUUCCUGGGUCCCACGCCCCGGCACCCCACAGAGCCCACCUACUUGUAGGGUGUCACCCCCAGAAUCGAGGGGCACACAGUCCCUGCUGCCAUCAGACUCGCCACAGCCCCUUGCAGCGUCCCCGAGCCCCUGGGGGCCGGAGGCUGUGGCUGGAGGAGACUUGAUGCCUGUACCUGCUGACCUUGCAGUCAGGGAGGGUCUGGCAGCCCCAUCCCGGAGACCGCGCUCCAGGAAGGCAUCCUGUCCCCUCAUGCGCAGCAAUGGGGACCUGUCUCGUUCUCUGAGCCCCUCCCCACUGGGCUCUUCAGCUCCCAGCUCCAUCGCUGAACGGCCCAGCUUCUCGUCCCAGACAGGACAUGUUUCUUCAACUCCCCCCACCAGCUGCCUGGCUCGAGUAACUGGGGAGCUGACCAUGACCUUCCCUGCCGGCAUCGUGCGUGUGUUCAGUGGGACGCCACCCCCUCCUGUCCUCAGCUUCCGCCUCGUGCAUACAACCCCCAUUGAGCACUUCCAGCCCAAUGCUGACCUGCUCUUCAGUGAUCCUUCCCAGAGUGACCCGGAGACCAAAGACUUCUGGCUCAACAUGGCGACUCUGACUGAGACUCUGCAGCGCCAGGCAGAGCAGAAUCCAGCUGCCUCCUACUACAAUGUGGUGCUCCUGCGGUACCAGUUCUCCCGCCCCGGUCCCCAGUCCAUGCCUCUGCAGCUGAGCGCCCACUGGCAGUGUGGGCCGACCCUCACUCAGGUCUCGGUGGAAUACAGCUACCGACCCGGUGCCACAGCUGUGCCCACGCCGCUCACCAACGUCCAGAUCCUGCUGCCCGUGGGGGAACCCGUGACCAAUGUCCGCCUGCAGCCGGCUGCCACCUGGAACCUGGAGGAGAAGCGGCUCCUAUGGAAGCUUCCAGAUGUGUCUGAGGCAGGGGGCUCUGGCCGCCUGUCUGCCAGCUGGGAGCCAUGCUCUGGGCCCAGCACGCCCAGCCCUGUGGCUGCUCAGUUCACCAGCGAGGGGGCCACUCUGUCCGGCGUGGACCUGGAGCUGGUGGGGAGUGGCUACCGCAUGUCACUGGUAAAGAGGAGGUUUGCCACAGGGAAGUACCUGGUGAGCUGUUAAGCCCGCAGAAGCUGACCAGUGUUGCUGGCCCCAGCUCUGCACUGCGUCCUGGUGCUCGCUGACUGCUUCCUGCCCUCCUGCUGGACCCGGGGGCUCCCCAUCUGGCCUCCCCUGAGGCCCUGACUCCAUGGAGAGGAUCCCCAUACUCAACUUGGCUGAGCCUGAGAUCCACUCCUGCUCACGCCAACUCCCAUGCAGGUCCUCGACCUUUUGAUGUUCUUUACAUAAACACUCUAUUUUCUAAUAAAAUAAAUAACAAGACUUUUCCUGCA